AUGGCUCCUCAACUCGUUUUCGGGACAGGUGUGGUCGGCAUGGGCGACACCGAGUUCCCAGACAGCGAGUCCGUCACACAGCUGCUCCACACGCUCAAGCAGCUCGGCAUCAACCGCCUGGACACAGCUGCACGUUACCCGCCUUUCGAUCCGGGCAAAUCCGAGCAGCUCAUUGGCGCAUCCGGUGUGCUCAGCGACUCCUUCAUAGUCGACACAAAGGUGUACACCGAGGUCGGUGACGGAAGUGGAGACCUGGCUCAGGAGGCCAUGCAGAAGUCAGUGAACGGCAGCCUCGAGCGCCUGCAUCGACCACAGGGUGUCAACAUUCUCUUCGCUCACCGCCCGGAUCCAGCCACGCCGCUCGAGGAGCAGGUACAGGGCUUCCAGAACCAGAUCGCACAGGGUCACGCGCGGGAAUGGGGCUUAGCGAACCAUCCGCCCGAGACCCUUCAGAGGAUCAUAGAUCUGUGCGAGGAGAAAGGCUGGGUAAAGCCGAAAUGGUAUCAGGGCACCUACAACAUGCUCACGCGUGGCAUGGAGACCCGCCUUCUACCUAUAUUGCGUGCCCAUGGCAUAUUGUUCCUCGCCUCUCAUGCCCUAGCCUCGGGUUUCCUGACGGGCAAGCACAUCGACGCGGAAGGAAGGCCUACGGGCCGUUUUGCCAAAAACAACAGCUAUAAUGCUCCGGAGCUGUCCGCCGCGAUGAAGGAAUUCGUGUCUGGUUGCAAAGCACAUGCGCUGCCGCCAUUCGAGGUGGCCAGCCGCUGGAUCGCUCACCACUCGGCUCUCGGCGAUGACGACGGCAUCGUCAUAGGAGCGAGUAAGGUAGCCCAGGUCAGCGCCACCGUGACCAAUAUCCGAAAAGGCCCACUUCCUGCGCCAGUGGUCGUUCUGACGGAGGACCUCUGGAACUCUGUCAAGCCCAUUCGUGGCUCGACGAUAUGA